AUUCAUGAUGUCGUUCAGCCACGACUCGGUGAAACGUAAGAUAUUACAGUUUUUAAUGUCCCAUUGAUAGGAUAUACUUGCUCGUAGUACGUCUAUUUUAUUAUUGAUUGAUUGUACGUUGGCUAAUAGGACCGAUGGUAAAGGUAGAUUACCCUCUCGGUGACGGAUCCUUACAAGGAAGCCGGACCUUCGUCCUCGAUACCGGCGUCUCUUUCUCCUGCGAAUGACAGGGAUGAGGGCCUUGUCGGGCAUCUGAAGUAAAUCCUUCCCAUCCGACUCAUUGAAGAAAAAGUAUUCCUCCAGUACGGGGUUAGUAAUCGGUGCCCUGAUAUCUAGAAGCUUUUUUCGAUCAUAAGACACGGUGGCAGAAACAUUAUGUACAAAAUAAGUUACAAAUAACGCAAAAAAAACAUACACAAUAGCACAAUUUGGUUACAGGAUCGUAAAACGGCAGCCAUCUCCUUCGGCACCAAUCAGAAGCACUAGCCUUGAUAGUGGUCCACUUAAUACAGGUAUGUCAAUGUAAGCUCCAUCAGUCCGCACUGUAGUUCUACCAAUCUGUUUUACGGCCUCUGCAUAUGAUACAUCAUGACUGAUCCUAUAUCUCCGAGCAUCUCUAGCAUCCACCAAAUGCUGCAGGGUGUUCUCCCCCAAAAUUACAGCACUUAACCCUCAUAUUGCUUCCACAUUCACCGUAAUCAUGUUCCCCUCCGCACUUGGCACAUCGUUUCUUUCCUUUACACUGAGCAGCUGCAUGUCCCAUUCUUUAGCAUUUAAAACUACGCAGUGCAUAUGGGACAAAUUCUCUAACAGGAAUCCUAUCUGUACUUUUCCCGGUAAGACUUUCUCAAAUCUCAGCUUCACUGAUAAGCUUUCACUUCUUUGACCCUCUUUCCUACUGAUCAACCUUUUGGCCUCAAUCACUUUGCCUCCCUUUACAUUUUCUUUAAUAUCACCCAUGGACACAUAUAUAUUGGGACCCCAGUGAUCAUUCUCUUCAAUCUAGCAUAAAUACCAGGGACACAGCUUUUAAUCUUCUUGCCAUUAAGCUUUUCCUUUUUCAGAAUCUUCUCUUGCUGAACCUGGCUACAACACAAUUUUAACAAUCUACUAUUUCUGAUGAACCAAGCUAAUUUCACUUCACUUACCUCCUUCUCUAUGGCAUUAGUUAGUCAGAUAGGGUGUAAGUGAGGCCCUGUGGUCUCAAACACUAUCACCACUAUCCACUCCAACACAUAAUUACUCUUGCUUCCUACCUUGACCCUCUUCAUGCUUUCUUUACUAGACACUCCACUGCUUUCUGUAUCAUGAUCUCUCUUCUUCCUAUGUCUUUCCAUUAUCGGCAAUUCUGGUCCUUGACCCUCAUCCGCCAUACCAUCAGAACUGACACCUAUAUUGUUCUCAUUCCAGCACAGCUGUUGCUUCACCAACUUACAGUAGUGAUUGCAUACAUUUCAUGCAUUUUUGUACUGGCCCCCCGUGGGAAUCGAACCCACAACCCUGGCGUUGCACACACCAUGCUGGCGUUGCAAACACCAUACUCUACCAACUGAGCCACAGGAAGCCCGACCUCCAAGACUCUCACACGCCCCUUCUCGCCAUUCGCCAUCUUGACCGAUCCAUAGACUAUCCGUCCACCCAGCAAGGACCCCAACUCAACCAUCUGCUGGACACAGGGAAACACCAGACAUUUAUUCACAACCCCCCGCCCCUCACUAACCUGCAGCACCUGGAACUAAUCACAAUUUAGUUUCUAGUAAUCUCUCCUCCUUCAGUCUUCUUCUUCUUUGGACUUUAUAUGGCAGUUGGCAACUGUCUUUAAGGUGCAUUACCACCACCAACUUUACUGGAGUGUGGACCUCAGUUCAUCUUUCAAUCACCCACGUGGGUAUAUGCUCCUAAAAACCAAUGAGGAGAUGGGAGAGGCGGGACUUGCAGCGCAUCAAGCGUCACAAAUAGAACCAAGUUUAGCACCUGGCUACCAGACGUUCGUUGACGCGCGCGAGCAGUGUGGGUGCAGAUUGAAUAACAUGCAUGUGUACAUUUAUUUUGCAACGCUCACGCACCAGAUGCAGGCGGUGUGGUCAGCAUACCAAACAUUGUCCUUCAGGUCAAGACAUUACUAGGUUUUACAUACAUCUUUCAUAACAAACCACAUAAAAAAUCAGGCCAUGCAUUCCUGCAGGACAUACACAUGUAUGAUGGUUGUGUUAAAGUUGUUUUAUUAUAAUCAACAAUAAAGUAGUAGCCAGUGAAAUGACUCAGUUGUUUUUUGUAUUUCUUAUUGAAAUAAAUGUCAUUGUCAAGCUAUAUGUGUAUGAUGCCUUUCAACACCAGUGCACCAUCCCACGUGACUGUGGGUAUUUUGAAAAGCAUGAUUCAGUUUCAAUUCCUUUAUUUUGGUGUCCUAUCCAGAAACCAAAGUAAAAAAGCAAAGUAAAAAAGGGCCAUAUCCCAUAUUUAUCAGAAUUGCAGCACUGCUAUUGUAGCUGCUCUCUGUCUCUGGGAAAAUGAGUCUUGUUUUUGCACUUGUAUUGUCGUUAUCUUGACCUCUUAUUUACCGUUUCUUCAGAUAGCAGAAUUUUUAUUAGCUUUACCCUUUUACAGCCUAGCUGGUGUGAGGUGUGUACGAGUACCGUAAAUUCCGGACUAUAAGCCGCAACUUUUUUCCCAGCUUUGAACCUCGCGGCUUAAACAAUGACUCGGCUAAUAUAUGGAUUUUUCCCGCUUUCAAUAAAUGAAAAAAAAAAAACACAUUCUGUAACGUGCUCAGUUUUUUGGAGGCAUGAAGCUUUCAUUAGACCAAUGAAAUUGCCGAACGGGUUAAGGUCAAACAACUUUUUUGUUUACUGUUUAGAUUAAAUCGAGCACUCUCAAACUUCCCAUCAGUCAUUUUGUCACCAUCAUCAUGGCAAAGACACGAAGAAAUGCAUAUGAUGCAGCUUUCAAGUUGAAGGCGAUUGAUCUGGCUGUUGGAAAAGGAAAUAGAGCUGCUGCACGGGAGCUUGGUCUUAAUGAGUCGAUGAUAAGACGUUGGAAACAGCAGCGUGAGGAAUUGACUCAGUGCAAAAAGACAACUAAAGCUUACUGCUAAUUUAAUUUUUUUUGUUACAAGCUGUGUUUCGUUAAAGCCUAUUUAUUUUUGUUACAAGCCGUGUUUCGUUAAAGCCUGUGUAAAGUUAAUUUGUUUCAAUGUACCGGUAGGCACCUGCGGUUUAUAGACAUUUAUUUAUGACACGUCUUAUUUAUGUUCAAAAUAAUAUAUUUUUUCAAAUUCAGUGGGUGCAGCUUAUAUUCAGGUGCGCUUAAUAGUCCGGAAAUUACGAUAAGUUAUAUUGUGGUCUGCGAUCCAACGUUGGACUUUGGUUUGAUCUUCACCUAUAACAAGAUAAAUUAGAGGACUAACCUUCAUAAUCCUGCAGGUUUUGACUGGUUUCACAUUAUUAAUUUAACCGUCUUGUGUACUUGUGAGUUCUAAAACUACAACACCAGAUAUUUCUAUUCUAUGUCCGCUGGCUUUGUCUGUACCGGCAACCGUGGAGUAUCCUGUGGGUGUCCCUCCUCUCUGGAUGGGGAAGAGAACUCGGAUGAGGGAAUCAACAGGGCCCCGGUCCCCUGGGCCAACAACUCCAACAAGAGACACCAGGACAAUACGGGCGAAGAUGGUGCUGUUGGGAAGCUCUGGGGUGGGGAAGUCCAGUCUGGCAUUACGUUUCAGCAAGGAUGAGUUUAAAGGCACUUUACCCACCGUAGGCUGUGCCUACUUCACCCAGGUGGUGUGUCUGAGUGAUGUCACAUUUCACUUUGAGAUCUGGGACACGGCGGGACAGGAGAAGUACCACAGUGUUACCCCGCUGUACUACAGAGGAGCCCAUGCAGCACUGGUGGUGUACGAUAUCAGCAAACGAGAGAGCUUCAUAAGGGCCCAGAUGUGGCUUCGGGAGUUGGAGAAGCACUAUAUUCCGGCUUCCACCGUGAUGGUACUAGUAGGAAACAAGGGGGAUCUUUCAGAGCUGUGCCAGGUGACAUUACAGGAAGGGCAUAGUCUUGCCGUUGACCGAGGCUUGCUUUUUAUGGAGACCUCGGCCAAGUCAGGGAAUCAAGUCAGUGAACUGAUGCUGGCUAUUGAUAGACCACUAGAGGGCAGCAGAUAGACAAGCAAGGCAUCCCUGGUUAUCGAGGGGGCUCAAGGAAGAGGGAUACGGCUAUUUUAAUGGAGUGGAGAGAGCCAGGCAUGGAGGAGGAAAGGCGUGGGGCAUCACCCUAGUCAAAGUGUGUCAGCCCUUCCAUCCUUUUGUCAACACUAUGUGGGAAUGGAGCCUCCAAACAACCCUCAUAGGGUAGUCAUUUCUAACAGACUGUGGAAUCACUCUGGAUAGACUCUCAGACGUCGAUAACACCGCAGGGGCUGAGAGUGUCCCAGUUAACUGGGGUAUCUUGCAAUGCGUCCGGGGCAUAUAAGCAUAGUGUUUUUCCAUAACACGGCUCUGUACACCUGGUUUCAAGGGGACAAAGAGUGAUAUAUUUCUGGAGGCAGAGUGGUGUAAGAGAGACCUAAGACGACGACAUAGCAUGGCAGCAACACAUCAUGACAACAUGGUAGCAACACAUCUUGGCAGCAGCACAAAACAGGGUACAAAUGUUGUUUGGUGUACUAUAUGAGAGAAGCAAGCUGGCCUGUAGUAGCUGGCUUUUCAGCACCCUCGAGCCACCAGCGCAAGGGCGAGAGGGCAUGAGUGCCUGGCUAGGUUCGCCCCGAAGCGGGGCAGCAGUGACCAUAAGUCAUUGAACCGGAGACUCAGGAUGGGCUGCGGUCAAGCCACCGUUACCCUUCUUAAUUCGUAGAAAAGGGCCUGCUAACCAAGUAAUGUUUGCUGCGAAUUAGCCUUGACAGGAGUGCGAUAGUUCAUUAGAUGCCUCACGGCUAAUGGUUAGCUGAAGUGAGCACUGUGUAUGAACACUAUUAGCCAAGAGGCUAGUGUAGGCAGAAUAUAUAAACCUGCACACUGCUCCGCAACAGUCAGCAAGGUAGUUUGGGGAAAAUAUAUGUUGUCUUUCAUUCCAUUAUAUGCCAAUUCUUACUAUAAAAUAUAACAUGUGUGAUAAAGGCACGGGAUUAUAGGCAUCUUCUCUAAAUAAACAAAUAAAAUAGGGCCUAGUCUACAAUACAGCACAGUAAAGCAGAACAGUUAUACAUUUGUGUUUCAUCACAGUUAAAACCGGAGAGCAAUAUCUAUCCGGUAAAGUCCACAAAGCAUAUAUAUACAGUACCAGUCAAAAGUUUGUACACACCUACACAAGGGUUUUUCUUUAUUUAUUUUUAUUUAAAAAAAAAUAUAUUCUACAUUGAAGAAGAGUGAAAACAUCAAAACUAUGAAAUAACACAUGGAAUCAUGUAGUAACCAAAACAAUUGUUAAACAAAUAUAUGUUAUAUUUGAGAUUCUUCAAAGUAGCCACCCUUUGCCUUGAUGACAGCUUUGCACACUUGGCAUUCUCUCAACCAGCUUCAUGAGGUAGUCACCUGGAAAGCAUUUCAAUUAACAAGUGUGCCUUGUUAAAAGUGAAUUUGUGGAAUUUCUUUCCUUAAUAAGUUUGAGCAAAUCAUUUGUGUUGUGACAAGGCAGGGGUGGUAUACAGAAGAUAGCUCUAUUUGGUAAAAUACCAAGUCCCCAUUAAGGCAAGAACAGCUCAAAUAAGCAAAGAGAAAUGACAGUCCAUCAUUACUCUCAGACAUGAAGGUGAGACCUGAAAAGAGACCUGAAAAUAGCUGUGCAGCCAACCUGACAGAGCUUGAGAGGAUACGCAGAGAAGAAUAGGAGUAACUCCCCAAAAUACAGGUGUGCCAAGCUUGUAGCAUCAUACCCAAGAAGACUCGAUGCGGUAAUCGCUGCCAAAGGUGUUUCAACAAAGUACUGAGUAAAGGGUCUGAAGACUUAUGUCAAUGUGAUAUUUCAGUUUUUUUAUUUGUAAUACAUUUAUAAAAACUUAUUUUUGCUUUGUCAUUAUUUGGAAAAAGUCAAGGGGUCUGAAUACUUUCCAAAUGCACUGUAUUUGUGUGUUGGAGUGUCAGUGUAGAAUGUGUGAGUGUGUGAUAAAUGACAGUCAGGAUCUGCCUCUGCCUCUUUAUCAUUGAGUGUCAGAUUUGUAAAGCGUUGGGACGCUUGGUAACAUGUCCUUUUCUUUUGCCUCAAAGCUGAUCAAACUGGUCCCGGAGCCCAGCCACAAAAUCUCUCAAGGAGGCCACCAAAUGUACAGCGUUAAACAGUUCCAAUUUUGGACUGCCUGAAAUGUUGUGCUUGUAUUCUGAAAACGUUGGAGUAUCGUGUUCCACAAGUUACAGAAAAAGCUAUCUCAAGUUUAUCCAUUCGGGUAUAGAGCAUUAGAGCCUCAUUACGUGUGGCCAGAGUUAGAUUUUCGUCCUCAGAUACUUCUAGAAAAGACUGAAUAACAUUGGCAUAAUUGAGGCAUAUUGCAUUUGUGGCUUGUGCAUGGGCAGACCACCUUGUACCGGAAAGAGAUUUGAGGGUUUCAAUUCAACUGUUUACAUUUGGUUGUAAACCUUAUGUUAUCUGCUAUUGCCAAGUGGAUUUGGAGCAAAGUGAUUCUCCUGUGUGACUUGUUAUAGUAAGGAACUUUAGGAAACGCUCCUCAACUUUACCAUCAGGCGAGACAUAUCUCACGAUAAAAGUCAGCUGAUCUACGUGGGUAACAUCUGGGGUGGAAUCAACACUGAUAGAAAAAUAUUUUUAUAUUUUAAGUUCCAAUAUUAUUUCUAGGAGUACCCUCUCUCCCAUUAACUGCAAAUGGUAGAUAAGACGGGUUGCCUCUUCCUGCAUUUCCAUAUCUUGCAGCGUGUUCAUGUAGAAAUGUCAACUUCAAGUAUAUCCAAAUAAUUGUAAUUUGAGAUGGAACCAAAUAUUUUGUUGUCCAAUACUGGCAGCUGGUCUCAAAUGGAUAUUUUAGCCCCGAGUCAAUUAGUCCUUUUUCUGCAGUCCUUGAGAUCCAUGUCAGCAUACAUUUGCGAUGGGCCUCUGAUCCGUCAUCAAAUCAAAUCAAAUGUAUUUAUAUAGCCUUUCUUACAUCAGCUGAUAUCG